AUGCGAGCUUUAGUCAGCCUCUAUUUGUUGGGCAUCUGCGCCUGCGCCCAGGCGCAACAAGAGACUGUGGCAGCCACAACAUUGGGGCUCAAUCAAACCGCGGAACAGGUGCCCAGCGAGCCGGGCAGCUGGCGGCAGGCGCGACGACGCAACGUUCUGGCGGACAGCUGCACCACAAAUGGAGGUGCGACGGGCACCUGCCUAACGCGCUUCAAGUGCAUGCGGCAGGGUGGCACAGUGAACGGUUAUUGCGGCACCUAUGGCGUCUGCUGCGAGACCAACAUGGCCUGUGGCACGACGACGCGUCUGAAGCGCACCAUCAUCCGCAACCCGGCCUCAUUUGUGAGCACCAUGUGCCAGUACACAAUCGAGGCAUACAGCGCGAACGUGCAACAGCUGCGCAUCGAUUUCGAGCAGUUCGAGCUGCAACAGCCAGCGGUUAGUGCCACAGAUGAGCGUUUGGUUGAAUGCCAGGACUACUUUGAGGCAGGCAGCUUUAAGCUGUGCGGCAUGAAUGCCGGCCAACAUUUGUAUCUGCCGUUCAAUGUGGCCGCUGGCAUCGAUCAGAUCACGCUGACCUUUGCGGUGCCGACACGCUGGCCGCAGACCAACUGGCGCCUGAUUGUCACACAGCUGGAGGCGCCACAGGCCAGCAGCAAACGCAAGACGAGCACGUUGGGCGGCUUUGGUGGCAAUGCGAACAGUUUGCAGGAUCUGCGCAGCAUCUUUGCCUCCCAUCAUGCCGACUACGAGCUGCUGGCACCGGCCGGCUGUCAGCAGUAUUACACAGAGCUGACGGGGAACAUACGCAGCUUCAACUAUCAGCCGACAAUGGGCACCACCUAUAUGCCGGACACCAGCUACACCAUUUGCAUCAAGUCCACGCCCAGUGCCAGCAUGAUUGAAUAUAGCUUCAGCAAGUUCGCCCUGUCGCUGGGCACGGGCGAGGGCGAGGGCUAUGAUGAGGCAUGCCACACCACGGUGCAUACGCCGGGCAGACAGGAGGAUUAUCUGAUGAUACCGCUCUCGUUGCUGGCCAAGAAUACGGCCUAUCAGCCGACCUACUAUUGCGGCACCAACGAUAAUUUCAUCGUCUAUGCAUCGCCGCCGUACAUGCUGCACUUCUCCAGCGACGAGAUGACCCUGGAUGCCACCCAGGAGACGGGCUUCAGCCUGACUUAUCGCCUCCGUACAUCAAUUCUCUAA